CACAAUCUACCUCACCGCGCCGGGCCUCGCCGUGAUGCCCAUGCGGGUCAUGGCCACCGACUCCAUCGCCUCGGUCAAGCUCCGCGUCCAGACGUCCCGGGGCGUCGUCGUCCGCAAGCAGAAGCUCGUCUUCCGCGGCCGCGAGCUCGCCCGCAACGACAGCCCCGUCCGGGACUACGGCGUCGCCGACGGCAACGUGCUCCACCUCGUCAUCCGCGUCCCCGACCUCCGCCACAUCACCGUCGAGACCCUCCAUGGCAGCAAGUUCAGGUUCCGCGUCGAGCCCGGCCGCACCGUCGGCUACGUCAAGCAGCAGAUCGCCAAGGACAGCCGCCUCGACCCGGCCGCGCACCCCGACGAGCAGAUGCUCGUCCUCGAGGGCGAGGAGCUCGACGACCGCCACCUCAUCCACGACGUCUGCAGGGUCGACGGCGCGGUCAUCCACCUGCUGGUGCAGCGCUCGGCGGCCAAGGCCAGCAGGGACUUCGAGGUCUCCAUCGUCGCGCGCGAUGCCGCCCAGCACCAGCCGCUGCCACGGGACUUCGGGAUCGAGCCCGUCGUCGGCAACCCCAAGGCCCAGUUGCCCUCGGCGCUCCGUGACCUGGUGAGCGCCGUGCGCGCCGGGAUGGCGAACGGGAACGCGCCGGUCAUGUCGUCGGAGGGCACGGGGGGCGCCUACUUCAUGCAGGACGCGUCGGGGCACCAGCACGUCGCCGUGUUCAAGCCGGUGGACGAGGAGCCCAUGGCCGCCAACAACCCGCGCGGCCUCCCCGUGUCGUCCACCGGCGAAGGGCUCAAGAAAGGGACGCGCGUCGGCGAGUGGGGCCUCAGGGAGGUCGCAGCCUACAUCCUCGACCACCCGCCCGGUGGGCGCCGGUCCUUCACCGGCCAUGGCGCCGCGGGCUUCGCCGGCGUUCCCCCGACCGCGCUCGUCAGGUGCAUGCACAGAGGCUUCAGGCAGCCCGAAGGGAGCGCCCAGCCGCCGGCGUUCAAGUUCGGGUCCAUGCAGGCCUUCGUCAAGAACUGCGGGAGCUGCGAGGACAUGGGACCCCGCGCCUUCCCUGUUCAGGAGGUCCACAAGAUCUGCGUGCUGGACAUACGCCUGGCCAAUGCGGACCGGCAUGCCGGGAACAUCCUCGUCUGCAGAGACGACCAAGGGCGCGGCAUGUCGCUGGUGCCCAUCGACCAUGGAUACUGUCUCCCCGAGAGCUUCGAGGACUGCACGUUCGAGUGGCUCUACUGGCCUCAGUCGCGGGAGCCUUUCAGCGGCGAGGCCGUGGAGUACGUGAGGUGCCUGGACGCCGAGGAGGACAUCGCCACCCUCCGGUUCCACGGCUGGGAGGUGUCCCGCGAGUGCGCGCGCACCCUGCGCCUCGCCACCAUGCUGCUGCUGAAGGACGUCGAGAGAGGGCUCACCGCCUUCGAGAUCGGGAGCAUCCUGUGCAGGGAGACCCUGACCAGGGAGUCCGUGAUCGAGGAGAUGGUCCGUGAGGCGCAGGCCCUAGCUAGUCGACGUUGACGAUGAUGGCGCUCCUCGUGGUGCCGGAGGAGACGAAACUGCUUUCUUGCAGGCAGUUUCGGAAAUCAUGGACCGCCGUCUCGACGAACUAU